AGCAUUGGACGAGAACCACAUUAAGACACAGUUAACUACUGGUUGCGAGUGUAAACAAAAAUGUGGGGACAGCUUUUCUGUUGAGCAAAUUUUAUUUUGGAGAGAAAUGGUGCACAGCAUACCUACAGGCGACAUGAGAAUGCAGAAAAUUAGAGAAAUUUUGAGAAUGACUUCCUGUUCAACACUCAAAUAUGGAAAGAAUCAGUAUUUUAAAGUUGAACAGAACGACGUAUGCCGGAAAUUUUUCAUAGAGAUUGUCCUUGGCAUUUCUGAGUCAACAGUAUGUAGAGCGAAACUAAAUCUUCUGUCUUCCGCGACAAGUCCAGUUCCUCGAAAGCAAACACAUGCGUCCAGAGGCAGGAUCUGUGUCGGAUUCAUCCAGGCAUAUGUAGAAGCGACUUGUGAUAGAGAUCCAACGGGGACUGUGUACAGAAUGCCAACAAGUUUGACAAAACUUGACUUGUUCAAUCUGUAUGACAUUGUUCAUCAGGAAAACAGCCUGCAUAAAAGCAUGUUUUAUGAAAUCCUGAAGAAAAGGUUUUCCAACGUCAUUUUCAGCAAGAAACAAAGAUACACCAAAUGCAAGGAAUGCAACGAGUUUAGGGAACUCAUUUCUGCUGAAAAAAACGUCGAGCUGAAAAAAGAGAUCAUAAUGUUAAGGGAUCUCCAUUUAAGAGAGCAGCAAAUGGAAAGAGAAGCGUAUUAUGUUCGAAGAGCUCAGGCAGAAAUGAGGCCAGGAGAAUUUCUUUCUGUGAUAUUAGAUGGUAUGGAUCAGAAAAAAACGAAUUUGCCAUACUACACACAUGACAAUAAUCCAGUUGGAUCUGGUCAGCACAAACUUAGGACCCACAUUACUGGGAGCAUUGUUCAUGGGCGGGGAAAGUACUUCUUCCUAGAUUGCAAUCAGUAUCCCCAUGAUACGAACCUUGUAUUAUCAUGCCUCCUAAAACUCCUUGUGAAAGAAUCAAGAGAAGGCCAGUUACCGCCAACAUUAUUUGUCCAGUUGGACAACACCUGCAGGGAAAACAAAAACAAGUUUUUCCUUGGUAUGAUGGCGUUCUUGGUAAAAAAGCGUUUCGUCCGUGAGGUCUGGAUUUCUUUCCUUAUUGUGGGGCAUACCCACGAAGAUGUGGAUCAGUGCUUUUCGCGCAUCAGCAUGAAGAUGCGCAAUCGGAAUACACUCACCUUAAAUGAAUUACACAGUGUAAUUCAAAGCUCACAAAGACCAGUUCCAGAAUCGACGGAUGUUGGGACAGUCUGGAAUAUGUCAGCCUGGCUUAACGACUAUGUCAACCAGAUCCACAAUGUUACUUACCCGAAAUUAUAUAGGUAUAACUUCUACAGCUUCUGCCAUUAAAGCAUUUAAUUUUCUGUAGUUAUGAUGCUUUUGCUAC